GCAGUAUGUCAACGUAACUAGCAACCCCCCCUCAAAGCAGCUACUGGCCCUUUAAGGGUUAUGUAGCUGGGCUAGCCGAUGUAGGACGAGUCGACCGUGCGUCUGCCUGCCUGCGCUGCCAUCCACAUCAUGGCCUCCAAACCGACACCACCGAGGAUGAAGCGACCAGCCAGCGGCCCUUCCCUUCCCGGAGUGGAGACGGACGUCAAGCCGAAGCAGAGGCACCGGUAGAGGCGAGCUGCGCCGGGGAGAGCCGCCUCACACAUCCCAUGCCCCCCCGGUCUCCUCCAUGCCUUCGUCUAAAGCCAAGUACAGCUAUUCGAUAAAGAGGGGUGCGAACCCGGGCGGCGGCAGCAGCGGCAGAAACAUGACAACGAACCGGGAUUAUUCCGUUAAUCUGUCGGUGCAGCAAGUGCUGAGCCUUUGGGUGCAAGGCACGACGCUGCAGCACUUCACAGAAAUGUGGUACUGGGUGUUCCUGUGGUGUCUCUUCUCCUCGCUCUUCGUCCACGGGGCGGCGGGGCUGCUCAUGUUGGUCAUGCUGCAGCGCCACAAGAGAGGCCGCCUCAUCACCCUGGUGCUGGUCAGCGUGGGUUUCCUGGCCUCCCUCUCCGGAGGCGUCAUCACCAGCGCAGCGGUGGCGGGGGUGUACCGCGUGGCAGGGAAGGACAUGGCACCGCUGGAGGCUCUGGUGUUCGGCGUGGGCCAGACCGCCCUCUCCGUCAUCAUCUCCUUCUCACGCAUCCUUGCCACUCUGUGAAGCAAAAACCCCUGGACAAGAUGAAGCACAGACUCUGAGAUGAGAGCGAAUUAAUCGAGCCAGUCGGAGACUUUAUGGUGGCUGAGCGUGGGGAAGGAGAGGAGGCAGAAAUGCUCUGGACAUUUGGGGCUGGAAGCAGGAAAAGCCGCCCCCCAGUGCCCCUGCUCCUUAACUGCCACAGCCACACUGCUCUUCAGAGGGUGGGUGUCUUCCUGUCAGAGAGCAGCACCAGGCGAAGACGGCGCCAUCCUCAGCUUCUGGACUUGAAAGCCAUGUUUCGGGUGUUUCCAGAGUUACAUCCCUUGUUGUGCCAAAAGCCUUCUCUGGGACAUCCAGAUGCCUUUUAUGGCCACUGACUCAUAAAGGCUUUCUGUUGCAAAUGAAGGGGGGAAAAAAACAUUUUUUAACAAAACUGCAAUGUCAAGACCUGUUAAGAUGAUCUGAUGAUCCUUCGGUGAUCAGCAUGAGAACAAGAGUCAAGCAACGACACCAUAUUUCUUCAGUAUUGAACAUCAGCCUCACCUCUUGGUCUUCACAACGUUCAGAAUAUCAAUGAUCAUUCCUUUCCCUCAAAUGGUUUUAAAGCUGAAUCAUUCAAUAUAGAGCGAGCUGCAGCUUUGAAUUUUGCACUUUGUAAAUGUUUGAGACACUCUUUGCCUGAGAACGUGUGAAAUCACUACACAUGGAGAAGAAAACCAGCAUAGGCGCUAGAUUUGGUUUGAAAUUUUAAUUCAUUUUGUGCAAACAAUAACUCUGAUUAGAGGAACAUUGCGACACAUUGGGAAAUACAUGUAUUCACUUCGUUUCUGAGAGUUAGAUGGUUAGCAUGGAGCUACAGAGAGCAGGUGGUUAGCUUAGCAUAGCAUAAAGACUGUAAAACUGGGAAAUGGCUUUUAACUACUAGCAAAUCGAAAGCUCAAAUACCAACAACUUAUAUCUUUUGGUUGUUUAGUCGAAAAACAAAAAUCUACUGAUUGAAAGGGGUUAGGGUUAGUUGUUACUGAAUAUUGGCUAAACACAACAAGUGAGUGAAUGAGUGAAAAGCUAGCUAAGAAAUAUUCCGCCAUAUUACCCCUUGUAAAGAUACAACGUAUUGUUUUUUACUCUUUAACCAAAAGAGAUAUAGAACAUUUUAAAAGAUGCAUUUUGAGAGACGGUUGGCAGAUUUAGUUUUAAUAUAGUAAGGCUAGCCGUUUCCCUCCAGUUUCGAGUCUUUGUGCUAAGCUAAGUUUAGCUAACGUUCUACUGCUUCCAGCUCGAUAUUUAGUAUAUAGACAUAAAAGUAGUGUCACAUCUCACAUCUUACUUUCAGUAAGAAAUAAAAUAGUUGUUGAAAUGUUCCUUUUAAAGCAUACAGAAAGGCCUGGACUAGCCCUCAGAAGUGUUUGCAGGUUUAUACAGGUCUCAUUGACGUAAGAUCAGGUUGAUCUUAUUCAGGCUUUAAGAUCUGUCGGUAUUAAAAAGGGUUGUUUUGCUGCUCGAAAUUCACAUUUUCAGUCAAAAUUCUCUCUCAGUGAAAGAUUUCCUGUAAUAACGUUGGAAUGGAGCCGUAGUAUUACUAACAUUAUCUGCAGUGCUACAGCAUAAAUUCCCCCGUGGAGACCCUUCCCUGUCAGGAGAAGGUCAGACGGAUUCUGCUGCUCAGACGGCCAUUCUUCUAUGGCUUCCUCUUUUCUUUGUUUUCUUUAUUAACCCAUGUUCCUUAAGUUUAACUUUGUAUAUUGCACUGAAAAUAACUGCCUUGUUUUAGCACAGUGUGUGAUGAUGCGACUCUAGUGUGACCCAAUUCGGUAAUCACAGUAAUUAUACACAGAUAUCAGUGAUGAUAGACACUGAUAGUCUUGUUUUGGGAAAGCAAAGAAUGUGCUUGAAGCUACUGUACUUACUUAAACUGGAUUAUCCUGAUGAUGCAUUGGUCUGAGUUUUCUCACUGAAAAUAGAUACACUGAUUUAUUUAAGUUUACAGCUCAUAACUUGGCCUAUUAGCACUUCCAAAGUAAAACAGUUUAUCUAGUUCGGGAGCAGGGUGGGAGGAGAAAAGGUUGUAAUGCCAAAGUGUCGCUCACAUUCUAGCUUAAUUUAUUAUCUUUGUGUCCUUUCAUUGAUUUUAUAGCCAAAUAUUACUUUUAUUCAGUUUUAGAAACAUUUGCACAUUGGCUCGUCCCCCAGACAAACCACAAUUUAAAUAUAUUGGACAGAAAUGCGUUGUUAACUGUGUGUGCUGUGUAGCUCUAAAGGUAAAUGCUGUGUAUUUAUGUGUUAUGUAAUUGACACAGCUCACCUUCAGUACCAGUUUAGCACACACGAGGGCGCUAUUGCACAGAAAGGAAGUGGCAGCCUGAAUGCCUGAAAGAUGAUUGUGGAUUUAAAAAGAUGAUGAAAGUGCUACAGAGUGUUUUGAUACAAACAUUGGACAAAAAGUCCUAAUCUUGCCCCAGGAAUUAAAAUGUUAGUUUAAGAGGACCCAUGUGAACCCCCCACCCCUUUGUGUCCACUGAACGCUCUGCACAUUACCCAUGCUACCUGCUUGAAUGUUUUUAGCUCAAUUUCAGGGACCAAAUCUGAGUUGCUGCUGGUGACUCACCUGCUUUCACAGCAAUGAAAUCUCUGCGAAGCUGUUUUUGGGGCAGUUUCUGCAUGAUUGCGUGUACGUGUGGUUCAGAGAAGAAAUGUGAGUGUUGUUGUAUUUGGUGUUGGACCGUGUGGUUGUGCAUGUGAGUAGUGUAACAAAAUGUUCUUUCUUUUCAUUAGAGGGGUUUUUACGGAACCCCCGAGAGGCCAACAUUUUUGGUGAUCCAUUUUCUAAGUCUGAUCUAAACUGUUCAGUGUAUAUUAUUUAAGAACAGGUGGAAAAAGAGUUUAAAUGUUCAUAGGUAUUUUUGUAAAAAGUGUUAUUCGGAGACAUAGAUAAACCUACAUUUACAAAGACACAUGUGGAACAUGACACAUUGUUGAACUUUUUUUUCAUCUGAAAAUGUGGAGGGAAAAACUGUUAUGCAGGUGUAUUAUUAUUUAUUUAUUAGGACUUUUGGCCACCAUAUACCUGUUCUGAAUGAGGACCAAAAGCAUUCAUGUUUUUCUAAAUUAGUUCCUUUAAUAUAUUGUGUUAGAAAUAACAUUCUGAUUACUAAUCGGCCACUUUUAGUCUAUGUUGUAAGUGGGGGAGUGGUGCUGUAUGACAACAAAACUUUUUUUUUACCCCACCUGUGUCACAGAUGACUUAAUCUUUGCUUGAGCCAUCUUGCCAUCAGGACAGAAGACAAUUGACAUCAAAGCUAAGAAAAUGAAUCACCAUCAAUUUGUGUUGUGUUUCGGCCUCUCAGGGCCUCCAUAGCUUGUUCACAUUGUUCUGAGCACCCCUAAAGUGUCCGGAAGGGUUAGGAUCUUAUUGUGAGUGACGCUGUGUUAGGAAGAUCAGCUCAUCUUACAAAAUGUGUUGGAAAACAUUUUAUUUGAUGACUUUUUCUGCCAAUGAAACUGCAAGAAUUGAUGUACUGAAGUUGUUAAAUGAGUGCACUUACUGUACAACCUGAGCUGUAUAUAGCCAUAGUGUACAAAGUACUCUGAUAUGAACAAAAUAACCACUGGAUAUUAUUUAGGUUCACACCCAGCACCGUGAACACUGAUGAGUACUGUGUUUUUCCGCUCCAGGUUAUGUGAUUCAGCCACCAUUAAAGUGGCUGUGUGACUAACUGUGUACUGCAAUAUCCAAGGAGAUACCCAGCACCUAAAACCCCCUCUAGACUUUUAAAAAUGCCAUCGCACUGCAGCGAGACGCCCACCUCAAUAAUCCUGUCUCUUUCAUAGGCUUAUAACUAAAAUGCCACAUAUUCCCCCCCCCCCCCCCCAGACGCUUACUGUGGACCCGCUGUGAUGCAUGUGCUCAGAUAACGUAUGAAUGGGAUUAUACGGACAAUCCAACAAGAGACAAUGUUGUACAAAAACCCAAGUGGCACUUGUAGAUAAUGUACAAUAUGUUCCUUUUUUAAUUUUGUACCAGCACAAACCGCUGAUAUUUAUAACUAUUGCCUAUUUAUGUACAAAUUGUUCCUUCUGUAAAUACUCAACAGUCAGUUGGAGUAAAAAUCUUUUGCAGUAUAUUCACUUGGGAGUUUUUAUUUCUUUAUCAUCAUCCUGUGUCCUUUAUUAUUCCUCCCCCUCCAGUUUCUGACUGCUUAUUCACUUUCUCUAUACAGGUUUUCCCCUUCCUCUCUUUUUUCCAAUCAUUACUCGGAGGUGAGAGAACAUGGAAAUACUUAAUUAGCUAAGCACUGAAAAUGUUCUGCUGAUUUAUUUAAACUCAGCAAAAGUUGUAAAUGUCAAGGCCAGCGUUUUUAA